CCUAUAGCCUCCUUUGUCCAGUACCUGUCUUGGGUGUUGGAGAUAAGAGAAUCAGCAAAGCUAGGAAGGGUCCAGCAGUCCAAUUCAUGGACAAUUGUGGGACGUCAAACGGUCUGCUCGCACCCUGAGAGACCGCUUGCGUUCCAUAGGGUUCCCCAGCCCAUCACCAGAGGGACAACAAUACAUCGGCAACCGCUACAAUUUCAUUGUUAGAACCAGUGACCGGGAGUUCUUGACGACUAAGCGACAAACAAUCGAUAGAAUCACACGGUUGCCCCAAAUGAGGCACAUCCAGGGAUGACUCCAAACGAACACUCUGGACAUGCAGCCUUUUCCUCUUUGUCCACAACCCCGUCAGCAGCCAUAAACCCAUCAUCGUCCUCAUCAAUCAUGGACGAACACACUCGCAACAAGCUGUUGAAGCGGUACAGGACCCAGAUCGCCUCGGGCGUUUCGACCAUCUGCGCGUCGCUUGCUGUGACUCCGUUGGAAAACAUCAAGACUCGCAUGCAAACCCACAAUUUCCGUAACGUCGUCGAAUGCGCCAAAUAUAUAUGGCGCACGGAAGGAUUCCGCGGAUACACUGCAGGAUUUCUGCCGCCGUUGCUCAGUAUUACUGGCGUGCGCGUGCUGUCCUUCUCUACGUACCAAGUCGCGAAACAUUCUAUUUCUGAUUGCUUCGAAGCGACCACGGGACAGUCGCCUUUACUCUACUACAACCACCCUGGAAGCACCCCAACUCUGACCACGGUCUUCACAUUUACAGCUUCCGGCAUGAUAGCCGGCAUUACCACAUCUUUCCUGGCUUGUCCCUUCGAAUUGACUAAGAAUGUCGUCCAGACUUCUUUCCUGAUGACCCAUCGCUCCCAGGCAUCACCGGAUGCUGUCAGAGACCCUUCUCUCCGCAAGCAGCCUCGUCUAGGAACAGUCGAAGCGCUUAAGCAGAUCAUCCGUCGUCACGGAAUCCGCGGGCUCUACACGGGUUUCCACCUUCAUGCUAUGAGAGACACGAUUGGCACCGGCAUCUACUUUGGUGUCUAUGAAACAACCAAGCAGCUGGUCGCAAAAUACAUCGGAACGGAGCCAUCGUCGCCCUUUGGUGCUCCCAUGGUGGCUGGAGCGCUCAGUGGAACCAUUCCGUGGAUAUGCACGUAUCCCCUCGACACACGCAAAACUCGGGCGCAAAGUAUUCUCCUCGGUAAAACCAAGGAGAUAGGCGAGGCGUCCGCAGCCACAGCCGGAUCGAACAUCUACAAGGGUUUAUCCGUCAGCCUGAUCAGAACCAGCGUUAACAACAUGAUCCUCUUGACCCUUUUCGAGUACAUCAAGACCAAGAUCAAUGAGCUGGACGACUAAACGAAAUCUUAUAAAUGGACGGC